ACUCUGUAUUUCUUGUUGUAACUUCCUCACAAAUGCAGACGGCAACAGAAUGUCCUCCCGGCAGUAUUUUGUCACUGGGGUCAUCCUUGCCUCUACUCUUCUGGGAGUGGGUGCCUUUAAUGGAUAUUACGAGUAUUACACUCAGACAUGCUAUUUCAACCAAAACAAUUUGAGUGAUGUGGAGUUUGUUAUAUCCAGAUGGUUUAACAAGGCUAUCUACUUACAGUUCAAUAGCACUGUGGGGCGGUUUGUAGGAUCCACUGCACUUGGAGUGAACCUUGCAAAUGAGUACAACAGAAAUGGAACGAUGCUGAAAUAUUUGAAGAAUGGCACGAACACAUACUGCAAGCCCAAUGAUCAGAUUCAUUCUCAGAAGAUCCUGUCAAAGACCGUUGAGCCAGAGGUGAUGCUAAGUCUGGGGAGGCCUCCCAGCGGUGACCAGCCUGCCGUGUUGAUCUGCAGCGCGUACAACUUCUUCCCGAAGAUGAUCCGUGUCACAUGGUACAGAGAUGGCCAGGAGGUGACCGCUGGUGACGUGAUCUCCAGUGAGGAGCGGGCGGACGGGGACUGGUACUACCAGAUGCACUCCAACCUGCAGCUCACCCCCAAAGCUGGAGAGAAGAUCUCCUGUGUGGUGGAGCACGGCAGCCUGAGGGAGACCAAGGAGUUGGUCUGGGAGGAGGUCACCAUGCCGGAGUAUGAGUGGAAGGAGAUCGCCGGGGGAGCUGGUCUGGGCUUAGGCUUCAUCCUCGCCGCUGCAGGCUACAUCUACUACAGGAUCAGACGAGGAAACCAGGAAGAAUCCACCCCGCUACUGGGUCAUAGAUAGUGAUGUGGCCAAUGAAGCGAGGCUGAGGGUGGAGCUUGUGACAAGCAGAGAGGGGCGUGCCAAAUGAAGCCCAGGUUCGAGGCUUGUGCCGUUUCCGUAGAAAUCACGUGACUGAUGACAAACGAGGCCUCUGUGAUGUCUGAAGCCUCGUUAGGGACACACGCCCACCAGACUGCUUCGGAAUCUGAUUUAAAGGCUUUGAAUUCUUGUGCAUUGUAGUGUGGUAUGAUAGAAUGUGUUGUAUUGCGAGAGACAGUCUGAUCAAGCAAUAAAGCUUCUCAAAUUAGAACAGUGA